UGCCGGCGAGCUUUAAAAAAAAAAAUAUUAUACCCACCGCGGCAAUGUCGGGCAGGUCGGUCCGAGCUGAGACCCGGAGCAGGGCGAAAGAUGACAUCAAGCGGGUUAUGGCCGCUAUUGAGAAAGUACGAAAAUGGGAGAAGAAAUGGGUGACUGUAGGAGACACGUCCCUUCGUAUCUACAAGUGGGUGCCAGUGACGGAGCCUAAAUCAGAUGAUAAAAAUAAGAACAAGAAGAAGGGCAAAGAUGAGAAAUACGGCUCAGAGUUGACGACUCCAGAGAACAGCUCCUCUCCGGGGAUGAUGGACAUGCAUGACGACAACAGCAACCAGAGCUCCAUCGCCGACUCGUCUCCAGUGAAACAGGAAAACAGUUGUAGCACGAGCCCCGCCCCCGAGCCCACCAACACGUCUCACCGCGAGAGCAGCGAGACCAAGAGUGACCAGAGCCCGGACAGCAAGAGGGGUAAGACCACCCCGUCAUCGGAAACCUCAGAGAGAGCACAAAGUGCCAAGAGAGACAGCCUGUCCUCAGGGGGGGAGAAGGACUCAUCAGACAGCAAAGCCACUCAGGACCAAGAGGAAGAGGCCCCGCCCACUAAGAAGAGCAAAGUGGAGUCCUCUCCUCCGGACUUUGAGGAGAGUUAAACGUUUGUCUCCUUCCCCUCCUAUCUCCCUCCCUCUGUACCUCCCUCCAUUAACUCUAGAUAACUUAGGGCGAAUGGACACACCAGCUCUCCUCCCACUCCCUCACCCUCCCCUCUCUUUACCCCAAACUAUACCAAAGGGAGAAUGGACGUCUCUCUUCUUUCUUUCCCUCCCUCCCUCCCCCUCCACUUUGCCUCCUUUCCCCCCCCCUGACACUCCUCUGCACAGAGGGAGAAUGGAAAUUACCUCUAUUCACUGGUCCCCUCCGUGCUUCCUUCCAGUUCUCCACAACUUUUUCACUAAUGCCAAGAGAAGCUCUGAACUCGGGGCUAAAAUCCCCCUCUGUGACCAGGGGGGAGGGGGGAGGGGGCACCGUCAGCCAAGCUCCAGCCACCACCAGGCCAGACCACAAAAACUGACCUGCACCUGUGACUACAAGAGUUAACACUGGCGUUCUGAAUUUAGGACCAGGUUGAUCCCGGGCGCUGUUCUGAGACCGUUUUUGAAUACUGCUAAUGGUUUAGCUCAGAGGCUAACCAGGUCUCAAAACAGCGGCUGCAGGGGGAACCUCCACCCUAAGACCACGUCAAUCCAAUCCUCCUGAUUCGCCUCCUGUUAGACUAAUGUUCUAUAUUUGUUUAGGAAGUGUUUAGGGUUUUUUUCUCAGGAGGGUCAAUGCACUGUUAUGGUAUGUCACAAUCGAUCACAGAUAGAUUUGCUGCUGUAGUGGAAGUCUUUUGUCUCUAUCCAUGAAAAGUUCUCCAUUCACAAGUUUAUUAAGGUGAGUUAGCUUGUGGUUCGUAGAAGAAGAAGAAGACGGUACUGGGCAAGAUAAUAAACUCUUUGGAUAAGUAGUGAAGACAGGCAUAGGUAGCGUACGUCCUGAUGGUGUGCCUUGAGUUGCUACGAUGAAAUACACGUGUUAGGUCAAACAGGUUUGGACUCACAAUUCUGGUGCCAUGGUUGUUGUUUUUUUUUGUUUUUGCCUUAUCAUCGUCGCUAAUGAGCAUGAUCAAAUUUGUUUUAUUCCACUACGAUAUCUUUGGUUUUAUUUGAGGGAAUAGUUCAACAUUUUGGAAAAUAUUCCCAUUCUGGGUGAGAGCAACAUGCCACUCUUGUAGUUUGAUGUUUGAUGUUAAGCAAAAGGCAGAGGGGACUUAGUUUGGCAUAGACGGAGAAAAUCAGAUUGACCAGUUUUGUCCGAGGCAGAAGACAAACCCCGCAUCAGCACCUCUAAAGCUCACUACUGAACACCAGAUGAAUGAUGAAGUUUCAGGAACUCCCUGUAAGGAAGGAAAUCCUGCUUCUUGAACUGAUGCAGAAAGAUUAGUUUUAAUUAGUGGGCUUUAGAGGUGCUGAUACAUGGAUUAUACGCAUUUAUUAACACAGUAUCACUCAGUUGUUUCACGAUUUUAACGCCAAUACAUAGUCCCAUGUGACCCCCCCGUAAAACAGCUCCUUGUUGUUUUUAGUGUUUUUGUAAAACUUAAACACAAGUUCUCAAAUUCACCUUUUUAUAUUAUUCCUUAGUUUCUAUAAAAACAGUAUAAAAUGACAAGUUGUGUUUUAAUGGGUGGAAAUGUGAUUCUGACCUCCAGGAGGAAACCUUAGAUUUUCAGAAUCAACAGAGAGAAAAGGUGCUGGUAGGCAGUUUAGGGCUCGAGCGUGUUACACUCACAUCGACUGUAGACGUGAAUGUGAUUGCUUUGCUUAGCUUAGCUCACGUUAGCCUGGAAAUGGAGACCAAACAGCGAGCCCGGCUCUGUUCCACAGACAGAGAAAUCCAACUAUCGGCACCUCUAAAUCUCACUACUAGUAGCAUCAUUCUUUAAACGCUGAGCAAGACAGCAAAUGUUUCCCAAAAUGUAGAGCUAUUCCUCUAAAACAGUCGCGGACUGGAACUCCAACAGUAGCCAGAGGUUUUUUUUUUUAAGAUGCUUCUUCUGGAAGUUUAAACCUCUACAACCCUCAAAAAUCUGAAUUCCAGGUCAGGUGGCACUUAGCUGUUGUUUUUCCCCUCUAAAAAAGAAAAAGACCCGUUACUUGAACCGGUUUUCCCCUCUUGACUCAUAACUAAUCGCCCCCCCAUCUCUGUACAUGUUCUGUGUAUCACUACUUAUCUCUGGCCUAAGUGUACCUGCAGCUCGACACAGAAGGGUCCAGAUUUUUAGAUGAAAUGUUGGUUCUGAUCCUCCUUCAAGGUGCUGUCUAUUGGCUGAAUCCUAACACACACACACACACACACACACACACACACACAGCAUCAAAGGUCUCGGUUUUUGUGCAGAUCUGUGCAAUUUACUUGAACUUGUUAGUCGAGAUUCAGACCUUUAAACCUCUCUAAUGUACAACCUCACACAUGUCAGACUUCCUUUCAUUUCUGAAUAUUUGUGACUUCAUACCAGAGCUGCAGAAGAACUUUAUGACAGAAUUACUUGAUCAGAUUUCAGCAAAUCAGCAAUCACAUGGAUGGAGAGAAAAGAAAUUUAAAAAAAUGGUCUCAGUUUAGAGGAUGGAUUAGCAUAUACCUCAUUCCCAGUCCAGCAGUGCUGGAACUUAAAAUGCUAUCGUAAUGACAUUAACAGUUAUAAACAGCAUUAUGUACACUCAGUUAAAAAAGAAAGGAAAAAAAGAUCUCACUUAUGUUGUAGCUUUCACCUGAUUGAGCCGAUUCCUUAUAGUUUGCUCAUAACUGUGUGUUUAAAAAAAAAGAGCUGUGAGAUAUAAAUUCUUGUAUGAUGUUUUUCUUGGGACCAUUUUUGUUUCACUUUAGAUCUUGUACAGAUUUAUGGUUUGGUUUGACUUAUUUAUUCCAUCAGUAGUGCUUGGUUUUUAUCAUGUCCAAUGGUUUUGUUUUCUUAAUAAAAUUGAUAAAAUGUU